UAGAACUUCUGCAGAGGACAAUGGAGGACUCUUGGAAUAUUCAAGAAGCCAUGCUAUCGGAUGUGCUCGUGUCCAAUGUCUACAACCAGUUUUUCCAGCAGAAUCAAAUGCUAUUCAAGGAUAAGAUUGUGCUGGAUGUGGGCUGUCGUAGUGGCCUGCUGAGCAUCUUGGCUGUUGAGGCCGGUGCUGUGAAGGUCUUUGCCAUUGGCAACAUGCAAAGUGCCAAAGGUAUUUCGAAAGUCUUGGAGAAUGGAGAGAAGGCGGAGGUUUUUGAGCCGCUGACUGGCUGCAUUACCCAGGUCGUAUUGCCCUGUGGACUGAGGAAAGUGGAUAUAAUAGUCUCCGAGUGGAUGGGGCAUGCCCUAUUUGCGGACUCCCUAUUCUGCCAGGUGCUAUACGCGCGUGAUAAGUGGCUGGUGAAGAAUGGCCUAAUCUUUCCCAGUGCGGCCAAUCUUUAUAUACAGGGCAUAUCCCUAGAUCGAGAGCUGGCCGUUGAGAAAAACGUGCUAUUGUGGGACGACUAUGUGAAUCAGAAAUCGUUGAUGACAGAGAAGUGCCUGGUGCUAUCUGUGGACCUCAGUUCGAUUCAAGAUGACAUUGAAUGCCAGAGAGCCGAGAUCAAAAUGAAGUCCAAGCAAAGUGGAAAGAUGUCUGGGUGCGUGCUCUACUUUGACAUAUCCGCUAGAAAUGCCAAGGGCCAGCUGCAGAAGCUGUUCUCGAUUGCGCCAAACGCGCCCAGGACGUACAUGAUGCAAACAAUCCUAUUUCUGAAGGACGACCCCCUGGUGAUCAAGGAACAACAGCUUCUGUUUGGACGGCUGGACGUGAUCCUUGGCUACUUUGCACCGCGCGGCGUCGAGUUCUCUCUGGGCAUAUGGGCAGUCAAGUAAAGCAAGUAAAACAUUGUACUUAAUAAAGGGUAAAUGCUGGGGCGAAUCCUGA